AUGAAUUUCUCUUUACUUUCUACUAUGUUAUUAGCAUUAGUCUUGUUCUCUGUUGGUUAUGCUCAAGAACUUUCAGGAAAUGCAAAAGUUUCUGCACUAUUCGCUUUUGGAGAUUCCAUACUCGAUACCGGAAACAACAACAAUCUCAUGACUCUUUCCAAAUGCAAUUUCCCUCCCUAUGGUAGAGAUUUUGCUGGUGGAAAAGCCACUGGAAGAUUUGGAAAUGGACGAGUUUUCUCAGAUCUAAUUGCCGAAGGUUUGAGCUUAAAACCUCUCUUACCAGCUUACCGUGAUCCAAACCUUUCCAACAAUGAUCUCUUGACCGGUGUUUGUUUCGCAUCCGGUGGUUCCGGUCUCGAUGAACGCACUUCCAGUUCACAAGGAGUUAUAUGGGUGACAGAUCAGGUGAAAGAUUUCAAAGAGUAUGUGACUAAACUAAACGGCGUUGUAGGAGGAAACCAAGAACAAACAAACGCAAUUAUAUCAAACGCCGUUUAUUUAAUCUCAGCUGGUAAUAACGAUCUUGCCAUCACCUUUGCGACUGGGAGGGCACAAUCCACUGUUUCAGAUUACACUGAUCUCAUGGUCACUUGGACUGAUAAUCUCUUAAAGAGUCUAUAUGAUACUGGUGCAAGAAAAUUUGCGGUUCUUGGAACAUUACCACUAGGUUGCUUGCCAGGAGCAAGAGAUGCGGCUGGAAAUUUUAUGAAAGUAUGUGCAGGUCCUGCAAAUCAGUGGGCUGAUACAUUCAACAAAAAGUUAGCAACGAAACUUAACAAUCUCGGGACAACACUUCCUGGUGCCAAAUUUGUCUACGUAGACAUGUAUAAUUCUCUUCUUGGUCUCAUCAACAAUCCUCAGGCUCCAGGGUUUACUGAUGAGGCUGAUGGGUGUUAUAUGCCGUCUAUGUCUCCUGUUCCUUGCCCGGAUGCAUCUCGUUACGUGUUUUGGGACAUUGGCCACCCUAGCGAGAAGUCAUAUCAAAGGAUUGCACCAAAGAUUAUUGAACAACUCAAGGCGAAACUCGCAUGA